CGCUGGUCUUCUUCAACCCUAAAGUUCGCUGUGCUCAACAACGCAAUCAUGGUGAACGUUCCAAAGACAAAGAAGACUUACUGCAAGAGUAAGGAAUGCAAGAAGCACACCUUGCAUAAGGUGACUCAGUACAAGAAGGGCAAGGAUAGCCUUGCUGCUCAGGGUAAGCGUCGUUAUGACCGCAAACAAUCCGGUUAUGGUGGUCAGACCAAGCCCGUCUUUCACAAGAAGGCGAAAACCACCAAGAAGAUUGUUCUGAGGCUGCAGUGCCAGGCCUGCAAGCAUGUGUCUCAGCACCCAAUUAAGAGGUGCAAGCACUUCGAGAUUGGCGGAGACAAGAAGGGAAAGGGAACUUCGCUCUUUUAGAUUCAUCAGCUUUAGUUUUGAUGUUAGUUUGUUUUACUUGUGCUUUCGAUAUUUUGUUGAGCUUGUUUUUGUUAGACAUAUGAUGUCUUAUUACUUGGAUCAUCUAAUUUUGUGUGACUUUGCCAAUGCUAUCAGUUGAGAUUGGAGUUUAAAUUCUAUUCGAUUCUGUUGCACUC